AUGGCGUCCGAAGGCAUUGAGAAACUCACUGAAGUACCCGUCGAAUUUUUCAGAGAUGGUCUGGCUUUCAUCAAGAAGUGCCAGAAGCCCGACCAAAAAGAAUAUACAAAGAUCAUAAAAGCCGUUGGCGUUGGUUUUGUCAUGAUGGGAGUUGUUGGUUACGCCGUCAAGUUGUUGCACAUUCCCAUCAGAUACUUGAUUGUUUGA